ACAAGCUGCGUUCAAAACUAGUUGACGACCCUUGCUUUAAAGGAUUAUUAUUUAUUUUUUUUAACUUCUUUUUUUUUCUUUCAGCAGGUACAGUCAUACAGCACAAUCACAUGUUUUAAGACACAACAGGGUCAUAAGUGUCCUUAGGAGGCCUUCCAUGAGCUUCGGCAUCCCCACAAUGUCCAUACAUUGUUCCAUUAAGUAGGUGGUGUAAACGACCUCAUCAAACGUUCUGCAGGAGAUGGCCUCAUUGAAGUAAUCGACCACGGUGAAGGUAACAAUCUCCCGAUCUCUCCUGAUGAGGAAGAAGAAGGUGAGUAUGAGAUUGGUCUUGUGGAUCAAGAUGAGCUCAUUGCCCCACUCUCCUCUGGCAAAGAAUAUAAAGAUGGCCACCAACUAAUAGAGACAGAGAAGGAGAAGGAAGACCUGGGUUUCUGCUCUGAUCACACAUGAUGAUAAAGGCAGUUAUGAGAUGCCUCAUAUUGUAGAUUUAAUACACUGCCCACACCCACAUACUGUCUUGGGAGAACAGCAAUAUCAUGCAUGCACACAUACAUUCACUAUUUAGUUGCAGACAAAAGCUACUCCACUCCUUUCCUUCUCCUGAACACUGUUACAUGACGUCCCCUCCCUCUUCUCUCUCUCCUCUAUAAAUUUCCCCCCUCUGCAUAUUUGUUAUUGAAUCAUAAAUAAUAAAUUCCCUUCCUCUACCUCUCUCUCCCCCCUUGCUCUCCCUCACUUUUAUGACACAAUAGCCCAGACUUGAUGUCAGAGGGCAGUCAUGUUUAAUAUGUGUGUUUAAUAUGUGAGUGUGUAUCUUCUACCACAGCCUUUCCUGUGGCCCUGGGGCCCCACCCCAGGCUUCACCGGAGAGUUUGUCCAAUGCCACUUGCAGGGACACAUGCACGCAUACACGCACUGGAACAUACGACACACCCUCACAUGCACAUGAGCAGGAAGUGGCCCGUUAGCACGCACUCCAAGGGUCCCAGAGAUAAUGUGGAAUUCAUGAGAGGAAUGCCGCACAGGGGCUCCUUCCUGUCACCUGACUCCAUCACUUCCUGCGCUGGGCUUCCUGCGUCCGGACCUCCAGGGAGAAGGGUGAGGCUGCACCUAGACCACGACUCAAGAUCUGUUUCACAGUUUUGAGUUUAUGGGGGUGAUGGAGGAGCUUGACCGCGACCCCCUCUGGUGUGUUUAAGCAGAUCUAAUGCAGAUUAGGACGAAGCUGCCAAACAGAGGUGUCAGAGGCAAAAUAUCAAAAUUAUGAAAAGCUGGGGUUUGAUAGCAAAGCUGUUCAAAUGCUGCCACACGACUAAUAAUUAAACACGCUAAUUAUAGUCAUUAAACAAUUAACUGGAGCAAAUGAAUGCGGGCGAGUGAUCAAAUAAAAUGGAUUAAACAACGAAAGAUGCAAGAGAAAAGAGAGAAGAAUGGCUAAUAAAACAGAGAAGGGACAGAUGUAGAACAAUGAAAAGAGGCAAUAAAGUGAAAGAAAGAAGGAGAAAGAGAGAGGUGAUGGCAGGAUCCAUAUGGGGCCUCUUGGUUUUUGGGCAGCAAGGGGAGACAUGCCAGGUAAUGGCUUCCAGACACACACACACACACACACACACACAUACACACACACACACUAAUUUGAUUUGGAAAUCUGACAGGACAAGGAGACUGAGUGUAUGUGGAUGUGUGGAUGUGUGUGUGUGUGUGUGUGUGUGUGUGUGUGUGUGUGUGUGUGUGUGUGUGUGUGCGUGCGUGCGUGUGCGUGUGCAUGUGCGUGUGUGUGUAUAUACCAGAGGCCUUUUCUUUCGAAUACUCAAGAGGUCUGACUUCCUCUGCCCAUUGGGAGGGGGGCCAGCUAGUCUCAAUGUGUGUGUGUGUGUGUGUGUGUGUGUGCGUGUGUGUGUGUGUGUUUGCAAGCACUGGGGGUUAAUGUAUGCUUUCAAUCACAGCUCUAGUGGGGAGAAAUCAGAUCCCUACAGCAUCGACGUAGACCUCGAAAUCCACACAUACAAAUCUACACACAGCAUAAGAAAACACUUACACGUAUUGGGUAAGAGUGCAGCAAAUGCUUUUGUUUUACUAUUAAAGGUACUGUUUGUAACUUCUUUCACGUAUAAAUCAUUGCUGGUCGGUGCCCCACGCGCACGGGCGUGUGUCUACACUGUUCAAAGUUAUAUCUAUUGAUAACUUUAUCACAAGCGCGAGCAACAGGACGCUGACUUUCGUUGACUUAACGGUCACAGGUGUCGCUGUUAACAAGCAAUUUCUGAUUCUUACAUAGAGUCCCUUUAAACUGAUUGUCACUGAUAGCACCUCAUCUAAAUCUCAGCAAGAAAGCAAACCAAAAAAGUCAAACUGUUCCUUUAAACUAGACUGAAACAUUUACCUUAACAAAACAGAGCAGUAGAAUGAGGUUUAUAAUUUGUUUUGUGUUGACCGAACACACCUGGCUGCUUCCUGCUUUUGUCUGUUAUAAAGCUGUACAUAAAGGUUAUGAAAAGGUCAAGGGAGCAGCUACAGUAACAAGCAGAUAUAAAGACAAAGAAAGAAAAGAUUAAAAUAAAAGUGACAGCAUGUGAAGAGAUGAAAAGAGAAGCAAGAGGAGGACAGGAAGAGAUAAUUAAACAGGGGAAGGAUAGAUAGUGGAGGAGUGGGAGGGGAUAGAGAGAUGACUUAACUGGGUUACACCGCAUACUCAGGAAUACUCCACCCUCAGUUUCCAACACACACAUCCAAUCACCACAAUCUCCCAGUGAGGUAAAUCCCCCAGCAUUCCCCCCAUAUGCGCUGUCACAGCCCUCCCACUCUUCCAACUUGUGUGUGUGUGUGUGUGUCACUACUUUUCUCUCGCAGAGCGGAGAGGCGGCGAGCUCAGCUGCAGAGAGACAGAACUACAAAUCCAACUUCAUUAGGAAAAGUUUGGAUUUUCUCCGAAGAAGUAGAACAAGAAAAUGGUCCUUUUUCUUUAGGUUGCAACUCGUUUCUCCUUCCAUCACAUCUCAUUGUGAUCUUUUCUGACUAGGGAAUAUUGGGAAAUGCCUGCAAAUCAGCUGGGAAGUCUUACAUUUCUAACAAGGGAUUUCUAGAGAGCAUCCUCUCGUAUCCAGUCCCAGUUUCCUCCUGUUCUCCUCCUCUCCAUCUCCCUCCCUAGAGACGGACACCAGCCUUUGGACUGGGGAUACUUCUGGAGAGGCAAAUAAAGGACAAGGACAUAGUGUUGCAGCAGCAUACAAAGAGACCCUGGCUCCUGUAAAGAUGGCUGAUGUGGUGCAGCCAGACCCCAACAGCCUGCAGAUACCCGGUGAUAAUUUAUCAGCCCCUUCAUCGCCUGCCACGGCUAGAAACGACUGCAGCAUCACACCCCUCACACCCUCACCCUCACCGAGGGUGGAGGUCAGACCCAAGAUGUCCUGUCCGUUCUCGGUUGUCGUGGCGAUAGACUUUGGGACGACCUCCAGCGGCUACGCGUUCAGCUUCACGCAGGACUCAGAAGCCAUACACAUGAUGAAGCGUUGGGAGGGCGGCGACCCCGGUGUGGCCAAUCAGAAGAGCCCGACGUGUCUGCUGCUGACUCCUGAUUUGCGGUUCCACAGUUUUGGGUUUGCGGCCCGGGACUUCUACCACGACCUGGACCCGGAGGAGGCCCGACACUGGCUCUACUUCGAUAAGUUCAAGAUGAAGCUCCACAGCACAAGUGACCUCACCAUGGAGACGGAGCUGGACGCGGUCAAUGGUCGGAGGGUCAGGGCCAUCGAGGUGUUUGCUCACGCCCUGCGCUUCUUCAGGGAACAUGCUCUAAAGGAGGUGAAGGACCAGUCGUCAUCAGUGCUGGAGGGAGAGGAGAUCAGAUGGGUAAUCACCGUACCCGCUGUGUGGAGACAACCUGCCAAACAGUUCAUGAGAGAGGCUGCAUACCUGGCCGGUCUGGUGACCCCCGACUGUCCUGAGCAGCUCCUCAUCGCUCUGGAACCAGAAGCUGCGUCCAUUUACUGCCGUAAGCUCCGCCUCCACCAGGUGCUCGACCUGAGCUUGCAGCCAAUCACAAAUGGCCUUGAUGUGGAAGGGUCCCGGCCCUUCGACUCCAGCUUCAGACAAGCGAGGGAGCAGUUGAGGCGAUCCAGACACAGCAGGACCUUCCUGGUGGAGAGUGGAACCGGAGAGCUGUGGUCAGAGCUGCAGACUGGUGACAGGUAUAUUGUUGCCGACUGCGGAGGAGGAACAGUUGACCUGACAGUCCAUCAGAUCGAGCAGCCACAGGGAACCCUUAAAGAGCUCUACAAGGCUUCAGGCGGUCCGUACGGCGCCGUCGGAGUAGACCUGGCCUUCGAAGCCAUGCUGUGCCAGAUUUUCGGUGAGGACUUCAUCCAGAGCUUUAAAGCCAAGCGGCCGGCGGCCUGGGUGGACCUCACCAUCGCGUUCGAGGCGAGGAAGCGGACGGCGGCGCCGGGCAGGGCCAACGCCCUCAACAUCUCCCUGCCCUUCUCUUUCAUCGACUACUACAAGAGACACAGGGGGCAGAGUGUGGAGGCCGCCCUGAGGAGGAGCAAUAUGAACAUAGUGAAGUGGUCGUCCCAGGGGAUGCUGCGGCUGACACAGGAAGCCAUGAACGAGCUCUUCCAGCCCACCAUCGUCAAUAUCGUCAAACACAUUGAGGAGCUGAUAGCAAAGCCGGAGGUGCGCGGUGUACGCUUCCUCUUCCUGGUUGGUGGUUUUGCAGAGUCGGCCAUGCUGCAGAAAGCAGUCCAGAGAGCACUGGGGCGGACGUGUCGCAUCAUCAUCCCCCAUGAUGUUGGACUGACCAUACUGAAGGGCGCCGUGCUCUUCGGGCUGGAUCCCACCGUGGUCAGAGUGCGUCGAUGCCCCCUGAUCUACGGCGUCGGCGUCUUGAACCGGUUCGUGGAGGGACGCCACCCCCGCGACAAACUCCUCAUCAAGGACGGCCGCGAGUGGUGCACCGACAUCCUCGACCGCUUCGUCUGCGUCGACCAGUCGGUGGCUCUGGGCGAGGUCGUGAGGCGGAGCUACACGCCGGCUCGUCUGGGCCAGAGGAAGAUCAUCAUCAACAUCUACUGCAGCGCGUCGGAGGACGUCACAUACAUCUCCGACCCCGGGGUCAGGAAGUGCGGGACGAUAACUUUGGACCUACCGGAACCGUUGCCGCUACCGGGAGCAGUGGGAGGAGCAGGAGGAGGAGGAGGAGGAGGAGGAGAAGGCCCGGAGAGGAGAGAGAUCAGAGCGACCAUGCAGUUUGGAGACACGGAGAUCAAAGUCACAGCCGUUGACGUCAUGUCCAACCGCACCGUCCGGGCUUCCAUAGACUUCCUGUCUAACUGAGGAGGAGCAGGAAGAGGAGACGAGGAUUGGAAAACAGAAAUAAACUGAUUCUAGGGCUGAUAAGUGUUGAAAGAAAAACGGUACUUUGGGAGUGGGUGACAUGUUUUGUGGACAUCCAGACAUUUAAGCUUUACAUUUACUCAUUAGAGUAGGAAAAAGAUCAGGAGAGGAACAUUGUUUAUAAACUCUCCAGCCUUCAUAAGUUCAUACUCCUCAAAACAAGUGUCAGCAUCUCGUCAACUGAAGGGGAGGACGCCCUCUACGUACAAGAAAAGAAGAAUUUGUCUGGUUACAGUGGAGUUUGUCACGUCACACCAUAUAAUGAUGUUACAGGCUUUUCCUACCCAGAAAAUAUUCAGAGGAACACUUGUAUGAACUCUGUAAACGAUUAAUGCAAGCAGGUGGCUGAGGUCACAUCCCUGCUGCGACAAACAGAUAAUAAUUCAACCCGUCCGAGGCGUAUUUCAACUUAUACUACCUAGAGUGAGACUCACUCAUCUUAAUUGCUAAUUAUGAAGACUGUUACCUGUUCCCCCAGAUAAUGAAUUACACAGGGAUGUCUCACAGGUUCUGGUCUUAUACCUCAUUAAAGACCCAUUUCUCUCUCCAUAUACCAGAUAUUGAUACAACUACCUGGACUGCAGCUGUGUUUCUCUAAUGUGUCUGUGAUUGUGCGCAACCUAGUGGUGAAAAGACCGAACUACAAGCUGAAAAUCGCAAGGGAAGUUAAAGCCUCUGAACACACACACUGGUGUUUUCAGUUCAUCUGGCUGAUUAGACCUCUGCUCAGGACUGUGUGGAUGUGUACAGACUAACUGAGUGACAUCUUCCUGAGUCUCCUGGUGCACCUGUUAGGGCGGGACAAAUUACACCUUUAUCAUUCUUAUUGGUAGAUGAAGAUUUGUGACCUACACCAUCAUAGCUCCACCCACCUUCAACCUGAGCAGAGGUCACAUCAGCCAGAAUAAGUGAAAACCCCUGUGUGGAUGCACAGAGGCUGUAAGAGCUCUCAGGAUUCAUCACAAUCACACAUCUAAGGAUCCUUAAGGCCUACUGGAAGAGGCUGGGAUGCAGGUUUGAGCUCUGGGGUAUGACACAUAAGCAGUGUUGUAGUGGGUUAUACCCAAAAGAUAUGACACGUGACAGCUCCUCUUCACCCUCCUUGUCCUUCACAGGGAUGGACUGUGGCACUAUUGCAGAAUUUGCAUGUUUCUUCUUAAGUACGUCACCAUUCACAUUCAGGUGUAGUGGUAUUAUUAGCAGGAUAAGAGCUUUAUCUGUAUAACUAGUUAUUUUUCCAGAUUAUUCUUCACUUAAAAAAAAUGGGAAAUUCAAACCAACCUGAUCCUCUGGGAGCACGUUGAUUUGGACAGAAACUAAGCUUUCAACUCAAAAGUCCACUUACUGGCCUUUCUCUGUGCUUUGAGCCACAUCUUGGUCUUUCUCAGCAGAUGGAGUUGGCUCGGUUGUUUUACGGCUCUGUUGUCACUAGAGGUUACCACGUUCAAAUUUGAGUGAAGUACCAUACAACUGAGCUGAUUAAACUCCACCAACUGAGGAAGACGAGCUAAAUGCAGUUCAAUUCUAUGGAGAAAGUUGAUGAGUAGACCUUGAGUUAAGAUUUGUUUUGGUCUAACUAUAGUAUGUAUUUCUUUUUUUUUAAAUAUUAAAGUCCUCUUGCUGGGGCUUCAUCAUUAAAAGACAGUCUUUAUGUUGUGUUAGCUGUAAUUAACUGUAUUCAUGUUUAUGGUCAUGUUAAGUAAAAAGAUUAAGAACCACUGUACCAUGUUCAACAUGCUGACCCAACCUCGUUUCUUUUGAACUGUGCAGGUUGUAAAAUGAUAUAACAGAGCAUCAUCCCAAUUUUUUUGAUUCAUACCCUUACAUUUUACAUUAAAAUAAAAACACUUGUACCAUUUUUCUAUAGCAAUAACAUGCUUUACUUUUACUAUUUAAAGACUUCCCCUCUCUCAUGACUAUUACUAGUACCAUCAAAUAAUAAGGCAGGUGUGCAAAGUGCUGUCUUAAGUACAGUACACCUGCAACUAACACACUAUCGGGAAACAAUCUACUGUCUCCACCCUUGACCAGAUGUUUCAAAUAACACAUAAGAACAGUCAACAGUACGAUUUCAGCUGUGAAUUUAUUGAUAAGAAUGGUCCAAUAAAUAGUUUCACACAGCCCAACCAAUGAAUGGUUCAGAACUGCCUAACAUCAGUGCUCUACUUCACAUGUUACACAUCAGUUUGUCACAUAACACAAAUCCAGAUUAGAAAUGAUGGAACAGCUGCUUCAGGUCAGAGUGGAAGAGCUAACUUGGAGCGAACAGGAGUGUGUUUGAUACAAAAGCAAGGGGGGGAACUAACAUCAUUCUUCUUGUAUUUCAAUAUCAUUUCUCAGUAAAAUGGCUAACACAUGGAAAGAUGCAGUGCUUGAAAUGCUAAACAGACGUUACCAAGUGAAAG